CACAUCCCUCUUCCUCAGAUUUUUCCUCUCAUUGAAAAUCCCCCUUCUCCUACUCCCUGUCCCCCCAACCUACACCCUCUCCCACUAUAUCGCGAGAGACUGAUUGGGACAGCAGGCAGAGAAAUAUUCAUAUACCUGCAACAAGAGCAGUUGCAAAGCCUUUAUGAAUAAAUAGAUACCAUAUGAUUCAUCAAUAAGUUUAGCAUCAACGGGGGACAGCAAGACGGAGAGGAAUGAAUGUUAGUGUUAACAUUGGCAGACAAACUGCCUGCUUAGCAAUACAGCCAGCUAGCUGACCAGCAGCUCAAACUUGAUAAUUUAUUAGCAGUGCUGGGUUAGCUAGUUAGCACCAGGCUAGUUCAAUAUUUGCACUUAAACUUUUUCCAAUUUCACUCACGCCAGCGAACAAAUUGCGUCUUUUGUGCAAAAAGCUAACUGCACCGGCUUCGAGUUACACACUGGCCUGAAGAUGGUCACAAAUCCCUACCGCAAGAUCCUCUCAAAGCCUUAAAACUGGAGACCACCUGAGAACUAACAUCAGCUCAGCCUGCUGCUUUUGACAUGUUUAGUGUUACUCGCCAUACAUACAUUUACACAUAUUAUUUUGUGUAGAAUGUGAGCUAUUUUAGAGCACCAAACAUUGACAAACUGAGUCAAAUCUUUUUUUUUUUUUUUAAUGGGGGAAGACAAUUACUAGUCAUUGUCAGGCCACAUUUUUCAGUCAGUUUUUCUGAAUUCAUGUCAAUUGUAAAACCGUAGCCCGAUGAACAGAUUUCGCGUUCCCCAUACACACGUAGAUCACAACGAUCCUGACGUCUUUGAUGAUCGUUUGGUCUUCAAUUGCUCACUUAUUAGUCAGUCAUGAACGGCUCCCUCUUAACCCCGCCCAGCCCGCGGGCUGCAGCUAAUUCAUCUCCCCUUCCGCCGUCCCCGUCUCCAUCGCCUUCUCCUCCAUCUCCAUCAUUGUUGCCCCUCUCCACAAGACCCCCACCUUUGCCUCCUCCAGCUCCUGUCAGUCAGCCCUUGUCAUCACUGUCUGACACACCCACACCAUCUCCGUCUCCCUGCCUUAGUUGGACCGAGUUCUGUGAGCUCCAUGCCCGGGUUGCUGCCGGUGACUUCGCCCGCCAUUUCCGGGCCUUCCUGCAGGAGAACCCGCAUUACUCCCCUGAUUCAGCUGCUGCUUUUUGCCGCCGCUUCACUGACAGAUUUGUUCGUCAUUUCGAGAGCGAGCUUGAGGGUACAGGAGUCGGUAGGGAAGGAACGGUGAACUGGGUCGCCCAAUCGGACAUUAUGUCGCUGGAGGAGGACGCAGCAUCUCCGUCCCUGCUGCCAUCGGAGGCCGCCACCCCCUGCCCGCCCACUCACACACGGGCUAUGCCCAAACCGAUCUUGACCCAGGAGGGCCGCGGCAUGGAACGAUUCCAGAAUACAGGAGCGUUUCAGGAUUUGUAUGCCCAUACGCAGAUUCUCCCACCAUCCUCUUCUUCAUCGUGCUCUUCCUCUAUGGGCGGGAAUAAUGGGCGGAGGGAGGAGAGGGGAAUUGUAGUCAAACACAAUCCAUCUGGCUACAAUGACCUGGAGGAAGAGGAGGACAGCUGGGCGGGGCCCGUGGCUGGAGAGGAGGUGGAGACGGACGUAGUAGGAAGGGACGAUGAGGGCGAGAGUGAGUUGACCUCGGAAAGAGCCGAUCUCAGCCAGACUCCGACAUGCCCCAACCCCUCUGGCACACCAGCAACUUCUGGUUCAAAAGGUAAUGGGACACCCAUUGGGGGUAACUCCAAAAAUAAACUAAAAAAGCGGUUCUCUCUGCGCAGCGUGGGCCGCAGUGUCAGAGGUAGCGUGCGAGGCAUCUUGCACUGGCGCAGCUCCUCCAGCGAUUCCCCUCAGAACUGCAGCGUGGGUAACGUCAACCCUCUUCCUUCCAGUUACAGCUACACUACAGGCCUUCAAGAUGGCAAGAGGAACUCCGGCUCGCAGGGUGUUCCCGCUUCUCUCCCUGUGUCUCUCUCCCUUCCCCUUUCCCUACCUCACUCAUCAUCCUCUUCGUUGCCCCCAUCAUCCUCCAGUAGCGCCACCUCCCUUUCGCUUUCCGAGGCCCGUGACUGGCGGAGGAGCAACGGCGAUGGGGAGAAGGAGAAAUGGAGUCACCGGUUGGAGAAACUGCGUCUGUCUCGCUCACCGCCGCCGAAUCUGUCCGCCGCAGCUCCACCUUCAUCUGCCGUGUCCCCCUCGGCACUACCACCGAGCAGCAUCAGCGCCCCCAGGAAGAUGGGUAGGCUGGUACGGGAGGGUGGUGUGACCGUGUGCUCGUCUUCGGAUGAGUUCGCCAGCACUCAUGGUUUCCCAGGCUUUUCCUUUGGACUGCUGCACCACGGCACGGACAGCUCACUGUCAGGGCAUCCCGCGGCCACCGGGGGAGCUGCAGGCGGACGGGGCAUGCGUUGGCACAAGUGCCGUCUAGUUCUGAAAGAACGAGAUAAGGAUGGAGGGGAUGGAGGGCUGGAGUAUUUCCUGGAGUUUUACAUCCCGCCUAAAUCCUCCAAGCCCAGACUGACUGUCCCAUGCGGCUCUAUUGUUGACGUGAGGAGCACUACAGCUAUAGAGGUGCCAGACAAAGAGAACACCUUCCUUCUACAGUUGGAAGGUCAGGCGCAGUACGUGAUCGAGACCAGAGAUGCGGUUCAGAUGAGAGCUUGGCUCAGUGACAUCAGAAACGCCAUUUGUUUGAGUGAGCAAGAGGAUGUUGAGGGCGUGUGUGGCAGUGCUCUCACCGACCUCAGUGUAACGCCAGAAUUCAGCGACCGCCUGUCUCAAGUUUGCUAUGGUGGAGUUGGUGGUUCUCCCCAGCUGGAGCCUCUACCUCCUGAGUUACCACCCCGUGCUCCUCUUGACGAAUCAGACAGUCGACUGCUUAGUGGGGGCGGAGCCGGUCUUGGCACACCUUUUGCUGAAACUCCUGAUGCCACAGGUUCGUUCCUGUUCUCUGAGGGUUCUGUGUCAGAGACAGUUGAACAUCCUCUGAGUGAGUGUCAGUGGUUCCACGGCACACUCUCUCGUCUUAAGGCGGCCCAGCUGGUGCUGGCGGGUGGCAUGGCCAGCCAUGGUGUGUUCCUUGUGCGGCAGAGUGAGACACGGCGUGGGGAGUAUGUCCUCACCUUCAACUUCCAGGGCAAAGCAAAGCACUUGCGUCUCUCCCUGAACGAGGAUGGACAGUGUCGUGUGCAGCAUCUCUGGUUCCAGUCCAUUUUUGACAUGCUGGAGCAUUUCCGUGUGCACCCCAUUCCCCUGGAAUCUGGGGGCGCCUCUGAUGUCACCCUCAUCAGCUUUGUGGGGGCCACGAAUGUCCGGCAACCAGGCCGGGAAAGGGCAGGCAGCCGCCCCACAGUCUGUGAUGUCAUCACCACGCGCCACCCCGACUCUCCAUCAACCCCCAUCUCUGACUGUGUACUUGACCAGCAGACCCCGUAGUCCUCCUCAGCCGCCUCCUCCCCCUCUGCCUCCCGGACGCCCUCCGCCCCCGACCCCGCCGCAGGAACGAGGGAGCGAAUCGGAGGCCGCCGGAGGAGGCGGAGCGAGCAGCGGGGCAGAAGAGUGCGAGGAACGAGAGCGGGAGCCGCCGCUCCUCCAGCUGGAAGGGGUGGAGGGCGAGGAGAGGGAAGGAGGGAGGGCGAGAGCCAUCGACAACCAGUACUCCUUCUUCUAAAAGGGGAAAACCACGAGGUGGGAUAGAGGAGGAAGAGGAGAGCCCUUCACAAUCAGUAUUUUCAGUAUUCUCCAGCGGAAGAACUGAGGGGUCACGACUGAGAUAUUAACACUAUUAAACAUGAGCUUUCGCGUUGUGAGAGAGAGAUGGAGAGAAAGAGAGAGAGAGAGAGAGACACCCAAACGAAUAAGCAUAUAUGAUACUGACGGUACAUCUUUAAAACACUAAGUUACGGUACUACACUAAAUUGGAGGUGCAUUGUAAAAAUGUUGGUCAGCUUUUACUAAUUGGUUCUCCAGUGUUUGUCAGUGCGAAGGUUCCUCCUCUGGUGCUGCUGCUGCUGCAAAGGAAGGUACGACAGUGUCAGCGCCGCCACUGAGCUGGUGUCGUGUUUUUAGCAACUUAUUUCUUGAAGAGUCCUUCGAGUCAUUACAUUCAUUCAGAUGUCUAGUAUUUGACCCUUCGCACUUAUACAAAAGGAGUUUUUUUUCCCCUCAGGUGAGCAGAUAUUUUUACUUUUUCAGAGAUUGUUACCCACCAGCACUCUUGUUGUUGUUGUUAUUAUUAUUAUUAUUAUUACUGGAACGUUUUUAGUUGUUUUGUUUUCUUUUUGUUCUGCCACUGACAAACUACGAAUGUCGAAAAGUACUUUUCUUCUUUCCUGUUCAUUUCAGUUGUACUGACUUUGGUAGUUCAGUAGAAGGCAUUGCCUUGGGCUUAACAAUGUCCAGUUUUGCCAACAAAAAAAAAAGAAAGAAAAAGAAAAAAAAAGCAAGCCCAGUCCUCUGAAGUCCAUUAGUAUUACUUCUUAAGGUUAAUUACCAUAUUAAACAUCUCCAUAGACUCCAUUAUUACCUCAGAGUCCUGAUCUGUCGCCCAGCUCCUCUGCUCUCCCUCUCUCUCGCUCUCUGUCUUUACAUCCUUCCCUUCCUUUUAGCUUUACAAUCUUUGUUAAAUUUAUUUUAUUGUGCAUUUAUUUUCAAUGCUAGAGUCCAGAGGAGGGAGAGAGAAUGUCUUUCAUUUAAAGAAAAAAUGUUAUUGAGUAUGAAAAUGAUAAUAAUAACUGACGAUGAUGAUAAUAAUGAAUUUAAUAAUUGUCCAAAUAAUAGUAUUAUUAUUAUUUUUCAAAAUGCCUUUAUUUUUGUUGUUUACUAUAUGAACACAUAAUAUUUGUUCUCCAAAAUCUGUUUUUCUGUUUCUAAUUUUUUGUGCCUUUUUAUAUCUCUUCUAAUCUCACUCUGUCCCACUGCUGUCACCUUCAAACUUUCCACAGAUUUCAGGCAAACUUUUGAAAAGGAAAAAAAAAAAGAUAAAGAGACCCCUUCUUCUUGUGCCUUUUCGUGUUGUUAAUCGUCAUUCCCUCUUGUUUUGUGCCAGUCAUUUCUUGAUUUUGUGCCUCAAUCAGUCUUUUUGCAGUGUCUGCCAUCCAGUUCAGUGCCUGCAUCUGUCUUCUGUUUUUGUUUCACUUCUCUUAUCCUGUCUCAGCUAUUUCGGUUGUUCUCUUGAUCCUACAGAUCAUUCAGUAUGAUUUGUUCUCUAUCCAUUUGCCCUGUGCUCCUCCCUUUUACCCUUUAUUUAAACCUCUUAUUGUGCCUUCUCUCUCUUUUCUCUUCUCUUUCUGUCUGUCUGUGCUGGGACCGUGUGUUAAGGUGGACACUGUUGCCCACUCUGUGUAAUUAGAGUUUCAGGUACUGCAUUGAAUUAAAUGAUGAUGACGAUGAUGAUGAUGAUGAUGAUGAUGAUGAUAAUAAUAUAAUUAUACUGAAACAAUA